UUUGAGUCUCCCGCUUGAAUUUUCUUUGAAAAAAUUUUCACAAAAUUAAAUCAUGUCUUGGUCCUCAAAGCUUUUAGACUCCUUAAAGGACCCACUUUUGCAUGUCAUGACGAACGAACGAUUAGUUGCCAUCAAAGAUAAAUUCCCAAAAGCAAGAAUUCAUUUUUUGGUGAUGCCAAAGGAGCAAAUUUCGACAAUUUUUGAGUUGAAAAAAUCGCAUUUGGACCUCUUGGAUGACAUGUAUCUCAUGGCAGAACGCUUGAUCGAGAAGCAACAAAUGUCAAAAGCCUCUUUUAAGAUUGGAUUUCAUGCGAUUCCGUCAAUGCAACAAGUGCAUCUCCAUGUCAUCAGUCGGGAUUUUGACUCGGAAGCUCUAAAAACGAAAAAACAUUGGAACAGCUUCAAUACGGAGUACUUUGUGAAGUUUCAUGAUUUACGUUCGGAACUCGAAAAAACCGGAAAAAUCAACCGAAUUUCCGAAAUUCGUGCCAAGGAACUUCUUUCGAUGCCCUUAAAAUGCAAUUCUUGCGACUUCCAACCCAAAAAUAUCCCAAAUUUGAAGCAACAUUUACUCUCCCAUGUGGAUCUUUACUCCAGCUGAA